AUGCUCUUCACGUUGUCUCGCCGGUCGCUAGCUCUCGUGCUCCUUGUACUGCAGCUGGCUGUUGCAGUUGUGAAGGCAACAUCAGCUGUCGAGAUUCUCUCUCAGGUUCCGUCCUGUGCUUUCGAAUGUAUUAGCAGCACAUUUCUCAUGUCUGCCUGCGACCCAGAAGACGUGACUACGUGUAUCUGUCCUAGCAUCCCCAUACAAGCGGAAUUAUCGGCAUGUGUGCAAACACACUGUCGCUUUGACGAUCAGCUGACUGCCGCGGCGGUUGAGGGAGUCUUAUGCGAAGCGUACCCCAAGGAAUCGCGGAGAGCGGAAGUCCGACGUACGCUCAUCAUCAGCUGCAGUCUCGUUUUUCUCAUUGUAGCACUUCGCCUUUUUACGCGGAUGAAGUAUGCUGGCGGCCUGUGGCCGGACGACUAUAUGACUAUCUUCGCGGCAGUCCUUCUCAUUACCCUGACUGCAGUUUACUUGCAUAUUACAAGCCUUGGUUUCGGUAUGCACUAUUGGACGAUCCCCGUCGGAAACGGCAUUGUCAUCCGCAAGAUGCUUUACGUCGGCAAUUUAGUCUACACCGUCCUACAAGCUGCUGUGAAACUGUCGAUCGUGCUUUUCCUCAGCCGCAUCUUCCCAUCGCAAACCUUUCAGCGGAUCGCUCAGGGCAUCGAGAUCAUACUCGUGCUUCACGGCACGAUUUUCACCAUCCCAUUUGCGGUGCAGUGCACACCGGUACAAUCGAUCUGGGAUCGGACCAUCACCGACCGUCGCUGUCUAAACUUACAGGCGGUAGGAUACAGCAGCGGCGGACUCGCCAUGGCGGAAGAUAUUGCCAUCUUACUCCUGCCGAUCCCCCACGUUUGGCAGCUGAAGAUUUCUCUCCGGCGGCGCCUCGCAGUUAUCGCCCUCUUCAGCGUCGGUUCCUUCGCUUGCGUGACAUCAGCCAUCCGUGUUAAGUAUCUGGUAGAGUAUAGCACAACAUUCGAUGAGACGUGGGACCAUGUCGAUGUUGUGGUGUGGUCGUUCAUCGAGCAGUCCAUGGCGAUGCUAUGUGCGAGCUUACCCACUCUGCGUUUACUACUUGUCAAUAUCGCGUUUCGACGUCGUCCCGCGUCAUCGGAAAGCUUCGAUAAAGACAGUCCGAAACAAGCCUGGCAUUGGUCUUUCGACAGACUGAGACAAUGCCGCAUGCGAACACAAAAAGAAAUGAUGGAUCCCGCACCUCCACAAACAGGUGAGGGUGUUUUGGUGACGACGACGGUGGAGGUCGACCGGCAGUCCUACAGGGCCAUAGACGUGCCGCACUUUCCACCGCCUGCCUACUAUGGGCCGAGGAUUAACGGAUGA